AUGAACGGUUCGCAAGCGGGCGCUGCGGCCCGGGGCGCCUGGUUGAGCGCCUGCUGCAACCAGUCGGGGGCGCUGCCGGAGCCCCCCGAGGCCCCGCGCGCGGUGCAGGCGGCGGUGCUGGGUGUGCUGUCGCUGCUCGUGCUCUGUGGGGUCUUGUUUCUGGGUGGCGGUCUCCUCCUCCGCGCCCAGGGCCUGGCAGCGCUGCUGGACCGCGAGCGGCGCGCGUCUGGCGAGGCCGAGCCCGGCAGCGGCAGCAGCGGAGGCGACGAC